AUGUCUAAGCCUUUGAUCGUGCUCCCCCGCCCUGGGACAGUGCCACCCAGCGGCGCAACGCAGCCCAUUCCCGCCCCAUUGGAAGCCGCCUUCGUCGCAACCUUCGGCAACCGGCUUCCACCAGCAUCAUAUUUACAAACCCUCCACGGCAAAGCAGCAUACUACGAACUACCACCCUCAUCUCCUGUUUCCACGGAUGGUAAACAGCCCAUAUCCCGGGUACUAUUCGUCCACGGGGUGCAAACACCUGCAAUCGGCCUCCAGCCAUUAGCCAACGCACUGUCCUCGCGUUUCCCCUCGGCUCAUUGUGUCCUAGUGGAUCUGUGGGGCCACGGACUCUCAGAAACACCGUUUGUGGCGCACGACCCCGCUCUCUUCCAUGGAUUAAUAGAAGCCGUGAUGGUUCAUCUUGGAUGGACUGAUGCCCAUUUCAUUGGCUAUUCUUUUGGCGGGUCUACCACAGCAAGUUUUGCGGCAGCGCACCCCGAACGCGUCGCGUCGAUGGCUUUGGUUGCCCCGGCGGGCCUACGCCGCACCGCCGGGCUCGAUGAGGUGCAGAAAGGUUACUUGCGUGGUGGGGAGGGGUUGGAAGAGGCUGCGCGAGAUUGGAUCCUGGAAGUGCUGGAAGGGGGCCGGUUGGUUGUGCCUUCGGAUUGGAAGGAGAGGGUGGGACGAGGUGAGGUUGUGGCAGAAGCUGUCAGAGAUUGGGAAAUGAAAGAGCAUGCAGGGCAUGCCGCUAGCGUAGUCGGUAUCUUUAGGGAUGGUGGAGUUUUUGAUAAACAUGCGGCGACGACGGGGAUCAAGAGUCGAUGUGUUCUUGGGGAGCUGGAUGAUUUGUGUAGCGUGCAGGACUUGCAUGAGCUUGGAAUGCAGGAUGUUGUGGUCGUGCCCCAGGUCGGCCAUGGAGUAGUUAGGGAAAGGGUACCGGAGGUUGCGGGCUUUAUCGAAGAGUUCUGGAAUAGACUCCAGCAAUAG